UUAUGUAGCCUUCACGUUGAGUGCCAAAACAUCCAAAUCAUGGCGACAAGUCGGGAGACCAGGAGUAAUCCAGUUCCCAAAUUUGCCACAGGAGAAAAAGUCCUCUGCUACGAGCCUGAUCCUAACAAGGCCCGAGUGCUAUAUGAGUCAAAGGUUCUAGAAGUUGAUAUCACCAAAGAUGACAAAGGAAAAAGGGUUCCAGAAUAUUUCAUUCAUUUUAAUGGUUGGAACAGGAGCUGGGAUCGCUGGGUGGUGGAAGAUCAAGUUCUGAAAGAUACAGAAAACAACAGAUCACUUAUGAGCAGACUCCACGAGCAAGCACUGAAAACAAGGAUGAAAAAGAAGAGGAGGUUUCUUCAAGGUUCAGAAAGCAAGGACUCUGAUGAUGCUGGCAAAUCUGAAAGGAAAUCCAUUUCAGAAGUGGUGGAAAACCCAGAACUACCAAAAGUUGAAAUUGAAAUACCAAGUCAGUUGAAAUUGAAGCUUGAAGAUGACUGUUACUUUAUUAAAAGAAAAAAGAAGCUUGUGAAGCUUCCCAGGACACCAAAUGUUGUUCAAGUUCUUCAAGAUUAUUUCCGGCAUUAUCAGGAAUUUUACCCUGGACAGAGCUCAAACUUGGUCAAAGAGGCAAUGGAUGGUCUCCGCAUUUAUUUUGAUUUUACUCUUCCAACUUUGUUGCUUUACAACUUUGAACGUGAGCAAUAUCAAAUGGUCAUGAAAUUCACCCCUCACCCUGAGGAAACUAAGGACAGACAUCAAGAAGAAUUAAAUGGAAAAACACCAACAGAUAAUAAAUAUGGAAUAGUUAGUUCAUCCACAGAAAGCUCUCCUGUGAAGCAGGAUUUUGCAAACAUUGUUACAAAUCAGACUGAUACAAAGGAAGGAGAAGCCAAACAAGAAAGACUUCUACGUCGACGUACGCCCAGAAAUUCACCGGCAAAUGUUGAGGCUUCCCAGUCUGCAACAGUGUCAUCCACUUCAUCGAGUCCAGAAUGCAAUGCUUCCGCACCAAAACGGAAAGCAGUGGAGAUAGAGGAUUGUUCGUCUCAAAUUACAGCAGCAACAUUUCCAAGUUUACCCAUUCCCUGCUCGCUGAGUGUUUCUACCCACACGAUGCCUUCACAGGUCUACGGACCUGAGCAUUUAUUAAGAUUAUUCGUCAAACUGCCUGGCUUGUUAGCAAGAACAGAUAUGCCCGAGAAGAAUCUCGACGUACUUUUGGAGCAAAUAAAUACAUUUCUCAGGUAUCUGGCGGAGAAUUCUCACACCUUGUUCCCCGAGGACGUUUAUUACAACUCGCUGCUGUGAGGAGGGGGCUUGAACAGCUUCUUUACAUCUCUGUUGAAAACAUCUAAAAGAAACAUUACUUCAUUUCCUCUUUUCACAAAGCUUACGAUUUUCCUUUUCCAUUGUUGAAUCAUUUCAUGUGUUAAAAAAUGUCAUACGUUUAAAUUCCUUUUGAUCUGGGGUUAAUCUGCAUACUGCCACAUAACCUGAAGCAAAACUCUACCAUCUUUCUCUCCGUCGGUUGUAAAUAUCUUUCUCGUGUACGUUUACGCAUGAAUAUAACAAAUAUUAAUUUAUUUCGUAUCUAUGCUUGAAAGGGACUAUGCGCCUUUUUGUUAAGAAUCCGUUCGUUUGUUAAUAAAAACGCUUUUU